AUCGGCGCAAAAGUGUCUCACCACCGGUCCUCUCUCCAUUGAUCUGCAGGCUCCAACGAAACCAUCAACAUGGGCCUUCGAAAAUGGCUCGGCCGACCAAUGAGAGGCCACCAUCUGGGUGUCGAAGAUUUGACCAGAGGUGAUGAAAGUGUUCCCGUCGCCAAACGUCGGGAGUGGGUGCUCGUGGCCAUCGACGAUGCGCCUUUCCAGGUAUGGGUUGUCGUCGUAGCAGGUAUCGGCUUUUUGACCGAUUCAUUCGGUCUGUUCUGUCUCAACGUCGUGACUCCCAUAAUUGGUUAUGUUUACUGGCCCGGUCUGCGCGGAUCGGAAAACGCACAGGCCUUUCAUUCGGUCAAAACCGCCAUGUUAUGCUCAACUCUGGCAGGUAGUAUGAUCGGCCAGGUGGCAUUUGGAUUCGCUGCCGAUUUUUUGGGUCGAAGAAAGAUGUAUGGGCUCGAACUGGUCAUCAUCAUCGUAGGGACAAUGCUCAUGAUCAUGAGUUCUAAAGGCGAGCAGAGCAGCAUGGCCGUCGGAGGAUGGUUGAUUACCUGGAGAGCAAUCAUGGGCUUGGGGAUUGGAGCCGACUAUCCGCUGAGUGCAGUCAUCACAGCUGAGUUUGCGCCGAAAAGGCACAGAGCCCGAAUGCUGAGCUGGGUUUUCUUCGCCCAACCGCUCGGUCAACUCUUGGCAAACGUGCUUUCUCUUGCAGCAGUGAAAGGCUUUGAGUCAUCCAUGAUCACCAAAGACCCAAAGUGUCCGGAUCCUGGUCAGCCGGGAAGCCUUGAAUGCUUCAGAUCCCUAGAUCGUCUUUGGAGGCUGGUGAUCGGUCUUGGUAUGAUACCGGCGGUUGUCGCUCUGGCUUUUCGCUUCACUAUCCCCGAAUCGCCACGCUACAAGCUUGAUAUUCUACGCAACGUGCAAACAGUUUUCGAAGACACAAAAGACUACUUUGGCGGGCUGGAUGGCGAAGUUCAUGAGUUGGAUCCUCUCUCCACCACAGCACCUGCUUCUGCUUCACUCCCGACAGCGGAAAUCUCUUCAUCACGAACUUCACUCUCUUCCGAGAUCGGGCCCGAUGAAGUGGUGAUGGGCUCUGACAGCGAUUCCGAACGGCGAGCAAGCUCUAUAUAUCCUAUACCGGCACCUCGUACAGUCGAAGUCUCACCUGGUGAUCCGAACCACGUUCCGCCGUUAGCUUCAUGGGCCGACGCCAAAAACUUCUUCAUCGUUGAAGGCAACUGGCAAUACUUAGCCGGUACUUCGCUCUCUUGGCUGUUUCUCGACUUCGCUUUCUAUGGUCUAGGGCUAUCUUCUCCUGAUAUUCUAGGCUUGAUUCGUCUGGAUUCGACAACCUCAAUCUCAAAACUCCUGUUCAACAACAGCGUCAACGCGCUCGUCUUGGUAUCAACGGGAGCCAUAAUUGGGGGAGCCCUGAUGAUCAUAGUCAUCCGCUACGUAUCGCCCAAGAAAAUCCAAUUCUGGGGCUUCCUCGUCCUCUUUGUACUCCUCAUCGUCACGGGCGCCGCUUGGCCGAAACUGAUUGAUCCAAAGCAAUCGCCCGGACGGCGGCGCUUACUCGAGUUUCUAUACGUGCUGAUUCAGAUCGCCUUCAAUCUUGGUCCAAAUGUCACUACCUUCAUUAUUCCAGCCGAAAUCUUCCCGACGAGAUACCGAUGUACGUGCCAUGGCAUUGCGGCGGCGUCGGGAAAGCUUGGCUCUUGGGUCGUCCAGAUCUUCAUCGCCUAUACCUUUAGUGACCCAAAGAAGAAACAGGACGAAGAGCGCGAGCAAGAGAGGGAAAGAUUUGGGCAGGUGCUGCUGGUCAUGAGCGCCUUCAUGGUUGCUGGCGCGAUCGUUACCUGGUAUUGGAUCCCCGAAACGAGAGAGAGGGGGGUGGAGAGUCGCAGUUUGGAGGUGUUGGCGUGUGGAAAGAAGAAGCUCGACGAGAUCAACAAGCUACCCAGUGUUGAGAAGCAGUGAUCGCGCGAAAGGGCUUUUGCGAUGUUUUUUUUCCAACCAGACUGUUUCCAAAUUGUAUAUGAAUAGAUGUGUUAUCCAUUUCCAUGAUGAAACCACCUCCUUCAACGUGUCCCGUCUGGACGCAUGACUGAAAACUCCCAGCUGAUGCUAAACGCUUCUCUCGUCCCAUUGAUCACGUGCGCGAAUUCAAUUUUAGUGGAGUCAAAGGGAUGGUGAGUCCAGCAUACAUCCACAGAUUCCAACUUCACAAGCACGCCUAACAACCAUGACGCGCAUCAAGUCUAUAUGUGCAUAACCACGAAAUCAAUAAUCACUCCACUUUCUCAGCUUUAAGAACCCAGUUUUUGCAGUAUGGUAUACCGCAGUGACAUAUUUCGUUCACCGCUACACACCAAAAGUAGUUAAGCAUAUAGUUAAACAAUAGACUUGGCCAAGUCGACAGGUAAAACUACACGGGAGAAUAAAAACUGCAGCUGAUCGGCAAAACCCGCUUCUACACUCAACCCCAGAUGUAACCAUCGCAAUCACAUUUUUCCUCCGCGUAUGAGAAAAAUCUGGAGCACGCAUGUAAAGCAUCGCAAUAUCAAACAUCGUUGCAAUUCACAAUCACCCCAAAAAACAACAACCAAAAAUAAGCUUAGUCAUCGGGAGCUAGAAAUCCUGUCUGAUUCUACCCGUGUCCCCCCACAAUCUCUCAAAACGGCAUUAUUCAAUAGCUUUGGAAUUCGAUUCCGGGGUCUCGGAUAUGCAGCAGCUUAUUCUCCCGAAAAGACUGUGCUGGAAUCUUGCGGCGGGGAAGUGUGCGAUGACGCAGUGCAAUAUCGAGGGAUUCC